UGGAGCAUUACAUCAUGCUGGCAGACUAACGCAGCAUCACACACCGGAUUGGCCCGCCCUGCGUGGCACACGGAUGUGAUUGGUUGACUCCCAGCACCUGCGGACUGGAGAGAGGACAGCGGUGGUGUUGCGCGCGAGGGAGGCUUCGGAUACAAGGUGAGGUUGGCGCGGGGAGAAGAUGAGGAAUAUAAACAACAUCACAUCAUAUCCGAGGAAGAUGAUCUGAGAGGACUCGACCUCUACAUGACUUCUGCCUCCGAGAGCGGGAAGACGCGCUGAACCUCGUGCGACUCGGACGAGCUGGUCUUCUCUACUCAGACUCCUCCUCUUCCUGCUCCACGAUGGGAUCGCACGUCCUCACCCUCGCCCUCCUCUCCGUCCUGACGUCCUCGCUGGGCGCCAGCGGAGACGACUUCCUCCCAGGUGAGGAAGUGACAUCAUCAGGGGGGUCCGGUUGCCCAGCCCAGUGCGUGUGUGAGACCCGCCCCUGGUACACCCCCCAGUCUGUGUACCACCAGGCCCGGACGGUGGACUGCAAUGAGCUCCGUCUGCACCACGUCCCUCCAACCAUCUCCCCCAACACGCAGGUGCUGCUUCUUCAGAGUAACAACAUCUCUCUGAUCGGUACCGAGCUGCAGAAUCUGAACAACCUGACGGAACUGGACCUGUCGCAGAACCACUUCAGACAGGUCCAGGACAUGGGUCUGGGCUCCCUGGAGCAGCUGGUCACGCUGUACCUGGAGGAGAACCUUCUGGAGGGUCUGGAGGACUUCAGCCUGCGGACCCUCUCCAGCCUGGAGGAGCUCUACGUCAACCACAACCGCCUCAACUCCAUCUCCCAGCACGCCUUCUCAGGCCUCACCAGCCUGCUCAGGCUCCAUCUGAACUCCAACCGCCUGGUGGCCAUCGACCGGCGCUGGUUCGAGUCGCUGCCCUCCCUGGAGAUCCUGAUGAUCGGGGAGAACCCCAUCCUGGGCCUGGAGGAGCGCACCUUCCAGCCGCUGGCCCGGCUCCACAGCCUGGUCCUGGCCGGGAUGGGCCUGGAGGAGGUCCCCCCCGCCGCCUUCCUGGGCCUCCACUACCUGGAGAGCCUGUCCUUCUACGACAACAAGCUCAGGUGGGUCCCCCGCGAGGCUCUCAGCAUGCUGCAGAACCUCAAGUUCCUGGACCUGAACCGGAACCCCAUCUCCCGGGUCGGGCCGGGGGACUUCCAGGACCUGCUCCACCUCGAGGAGCUCAGUCUGAACUACAUGGACCAGUUGGUGGCGGUGGAGCGCGACGCCUUCCAGAACCUCCCAGAAAUGGUGAAGCUGGAGGUCUACAGCAACCCAGGGCUGGUCUCUGUAGACCCCCACGCCUUCAGUGGCCUUCCCUCCCUGCGGACACUGCUGUUGCAUAGCAACCAGCUGAGCCUACUGUCCAAUCAGCUGCUGACGUCCCUUCCUGGUCUGGAGGAGCUGUCGCUCCACUCCAACCCGCUGCGCUGUGACUGCCUAGCCGCCUGGGGCCCCCACCUCGGCAACCAAUCAGCCGUCAAGCUGCUGGACAGCCCCCUCACCACCUGCUCCUCCCCCCCCCAGCUGCUCGGCCGCGAGCUCCAGGAAGUGGUUUCUAUUGGCUGGGGCGCUGUGGGGGGCGGGGCCAGCGGGAACAGCUGCCUGCCGCAGGUCUCCGCCCUCUCCUUCCCCCCCGUCCUCAACCUCAGCUCCGGACAGCCAAUCACGCUGCCCUGCUGGGCCAGUGCUGACCCCGCCCCCCAGUUCUACUGGGUCACGCCCACCGGAGACAAGGUGAGCUCGGAGGCGGGGGCGUCGCUGCAGAGCUCUGGACCAAUCAGGAGGAGGAGACACCGUGUGUCCCCGUCAGGAGCUCUGGUGAUGGAGCAUCUCGACCAAUCAGACGCUGGCUUGUAUACGUGUGUAGCGUGGAACGUGGAGGGGGCCGACACCAGAAGUGUCUCCGUGUUCGUGGACUCCAGGGGGCGUGGCUCCGGCCCCGGGGGGGAGGAGUCCUGGGGGGGCAACUCGUCCCACUCUGCUGCCUCCCUGGUCCUCCAGGCCAAGGUGGUCCGAUCCCACUCUGUUCUUUUGGAGUGGAAGUUGUUUUCCAGCCAACCAGCGGCUGGCUCUGGAGGCUCCGCCCACCAGGAGGUGUUGCCCCGCCCCCCACGCUGGACCAGCGCCAGCGUGCACAUCGACAGCUCUCAGAUCAGCUACACGGCCACGGUGCCGGUGGACGUCCAGGAGUACAACCUGACCCACCUCCUCCCCGCCACCGACUACCACGUGUGUCUGAGCGUCUCCUCCUCCGCCCCUCUCCUCCCUCCCCCCUCCCCCUCCCCUCCCGCCCCUCCCUCCCCGUCCGCCCCCCCUCCCCCGCUCCACACCGCCUGCGUCAACGUCACCACCCGGGAGGCGGGGCUGGCCGUGGCGCUGGUGGUCUCCUCGGGCAACAGCGUUGCCAUGGCGGCGGUGACAGGCUCCCUGUUCGCCCUGCUCCUCAUGCUCCUGCUGGGCGGAGUCAUGGCCCGCCGCCUCCACUCCAAGAGCUGCUCCCUGAAGACCUACCUCCACAGCUCCUCGUCCUCGUCCUCCAUCCCGCUGAAGGAGCUCUACCCCCCCCUCAUCACGCUCUGGGACGCCGACGCCGACAAGGAGAAGGAGCGCGAGGAGGAGCAGGGAGGGGCGCCCAUAGACACAUCCAAGACCUACCUCUGGUAGACCGGCGGGAGCAGACAGACAGGGAGACACACAGACAGGAGCCUCACAGACAGACAGGAGACACGUAGACAGACAGGAGACACACACACAGACUAGAGACACAUAUCGCUAUGCAUGAUGCUGCCAUGACCAUCCCAUGGGGAUGCUGUGGCGUUGCCAUGGUAAUGCCCUGGUCAUCCCCUGGGGAUGCUGUGGCGUUGCCGUGGUAAUGCCCUGGUCAUCCCAUGGGGAUGCUGUGGCGUUGCCGUGGUAAUGCCCUGGUCAUCCCAUGGUGAUGCUGUGGCGUUGCCGUGGUAAUGCCCUGGCCAUCCCAUGGGGAUGCUGUGGCGUUUCCGUGGUAAUGCUCCGGUGAUGCCUGUACUACUACAGUACUUAUACAGUACUACUGCUGUAGAACGACAGCACUACUGCAGUAUUGGAGUAGUAUUGCAGUUCUACUCCUACAGUACUACAGCUGUUCUGCUUCUCCCAUGAUGUUUACAUGAGCUGAACCGGGUGGCGGUACUCUACACCUCUGGACGUCAAGUUCACUAAACUCCACCUCUGCUCUCAGAGUCCCAGAGAACAGUGUUGCCCUGACACACCUUUCUGCAUCGUAAACAUUGUUUUCUGGUCCAACCAGAGACCCCUCACUACUCAAACUCCAACUGGUUGUUUCUGUGUUCAAGGUUGUAGUUAAUUUACACAGCCAGUUAUUCUGCAUGCCUUUGCACUAAUGUGUUGGACUAAACCCAACUUUACCCCAAGCUAACUUAACCCCAUUACCAUAGCCUACUAUACCUAAGCCUGCUUUACCCAAGCCUACUUAACCCGAUUACCCUAGCCUAUUUUACCCUAGCCUACUUCAUAACAUUACCCUAGCAUACUUUUUUCACAUUACAGAACCCUACUUUACCCUAGCCUAUCUUACCCUAGCAUAGCUUGCCCUAAGCUACUUUACCACAUUUACUUUAACCUACUUGACCGUACAUUACCCUAACCCUAACCUUCCACCCUCACCCCUCAGUCCUGUAUCCACCCCAUCCCACCUGUAUUUGGGGAAUUUAACAACUAUUUUAUUGUCAUCCAAAUUCCUUUGCUCUUUUAAUACAUGUUUUACGAUUGGAAAUGUGUGCUAGAGCUGCCAACCACCACCACUGGAAUACUGUACUGAAAGGAUUUAGCUAGAGCUGUUUGCAUAAGCUACGGUUACGGACGAUUAACUAGUUGUUAACAUAAGCAACUGUCUCUUGUUAGGUAGAGCUGUAAGCAUUAUCUACUUUUUUGUACACUGUACGACGGAUGUCACACACACACACACACACACACACACACACACACACACACACACACACACACACACACACACACACACACACACACACACACACACACACACACACACACACACACACGGCGUUUUGAAGCCUGCUGUCACUCUGGAAUGAGAUGAAGAUCUCACCACUAAACUGUCACUCCUUACUCUUCUCGACAUGCGGACCUUGGUGAGCACUAGGUCUACCACUUGUUUCACCAUGCGGACCUUGUUGAGAAACUAGGUCUACCACUUGUUUCACCAUGCGGACCUUGGUGAGAACUAGGUCUACCACUUGUUUCACCAUGCGGACCUUGGUGAGAACUAGGUCUAUCACUUUCUUCUCGAUAUGCGAACGCUGUGAAUUCAUCGGAACAUUAUCGGGCCAGCUCCCGCCCCCUAGUGGCGGGACGGGGGAGGACGGCUGCCUCAUCUCGAUCCAACCUGCAGGGUAUUUUGUACAAAUGUAAACUGCUUUAUAUUUGAACUCUGUUGUCCUGAUUAUCCAAACACCAGUUAAAACUGAAAUUUGAGGUUGUGUCAUAAAUAUAAAUGUUAUCCAUAUGCACCACAGACACUGAGCAUUGAACACCUUGAUAUAAUAAAAACAAUAGACACAAAUCUUGA